UAUGUGUGCACAAUUUUUUCUGUAGUUUCUGAGAUUUCCGGAUACUAAAAAACAUACAAUGAUUUUGAUGUAUGAAUAGUAAAUAUGAUAUUAUACCUAUUAUUACACUUUACAUUUUAUCAAAUAUAAAAUACUUUACUAUAAUUCUUUAGAGUACGCAAGCGCCAUUUGUUUUCUCUCUUGUGAAACAUAUUUAUGUUUAGUAAAAACCAACCCUGUGUUGCUCCUAUUUCUGUGCCCCUGCAAUUGGUGUUUUUACGAUAUUUCAAUGUUUAUUAGCACCUAAACUGUAAUUAUUUACACGCUCAUAACUUACAUACAAAUUAAGUAUUAUGAAAUAGUCAACGUACGAGUGUAGAGACACAGGUAGUAUACUGAACUUAAAGUUUGAUAAUACAUGAUUUUCACUAUAAAAUCAAUAGUUAUAACACAGUGUUGGUUCUGCUAAAUUCAAAUUUGCAAUUUUUCCCAUGGGCCACAUAAAGAUAACAAAUAGUGCUCCGACAUCCUCUUAAGAGGUGUAUUAUAACUAAAUUUGCUUUGCACUUAAAUCCUGAAAAAUUGAUUUAUGCUGUUAGAAAUCUAAAUUUAGAAGGGUGCGUCACUUAUAAUAAUGAUGUAUUUUAUUGGAAUGCUCGAUAUUGAAGUACGUGUAUGCGUAUAUUUUGAAGUUUAUAAUAACAUAUUAUAUCGUUCUGUGCGUAAGCGGAUACGGGUGAAUAAUCAGAGCAAGGUGAAUUUGUAUAUUUUUACGGAAGUGUUGGUGCGUCGUAGUCUCAUAGAACAGGUCGAAAACCUUGAAACUGACGCAAUUUAUUAGUGAAUAUGCCAGUAGCUAAAUCGAAAGUUUUUAAUAGGAAGUGCGUUAGUUCACGUAUGGUGUAACAAAACAAAUAGCUGGGUGUGGUAUUGUUAAACGUUCACGAGGAACUCAUAAAACACUAAGUUUUGUACUUGUCAUCUGGUAUAGAUAUGCAUACUACAACAAUACAGCAAAAUUAUUUAUACCAUUACUUCAGUUUUGGUAACAAACAUCAUCGAAAUGGCAACAAUAUUUCACAUCAGAUUAAGAUCUAUAUUAGUUUUGUCCAAAUGUAUGGGUUUAAUUGAUAUUUCAUAUACCGUGGGAUCGAAUGGUUUAUUAGUUCGGGAUGUAAACUCAAUGUUCUACGUAUUUCUAGAAAUAGCACGGAUGAUUGUGUUGUUACUAUGCACCUACAUAUAUUUUCAUCAGUUUGAUCCAGAAUUUCAUAUUUUUCAAUACAUAAGUAUAAUGAAAUUUUGGAUUGUUAUUAUAGCAGCCAGAGUAUCAACAAUAUGGAUUAUCAAAUUUAUUAAUGGAAUUAUCGAAUUCGAUCGAAAAAUUUCACCACUUUCUACCAAUUUGUUGAUCACACAAAAUCCAUUGGAAAAAAAACAGUGGGACCGGAUUUUGUAUCCGUUCAUUGUCUACUUAAUCGGAUUUAAAUGCUUACAAAUGUAUUUAUAUCCCAUUAAGAUUUUAAACAUUAGUACAUUGGUACACAGUCUAGUAUUCUCUCCGCCAUAUGUUAUGGAUUCCACAGUGACGAUCAUUUCGUGUUUCUUUCUUCAAAACUUGUACUUCAGAUUCCAGACAUUAAUCGAUUUUUGGAAAUGUCUUCCUACUGAAUUAGUUGCUGUUCCCUGUCAAUGGACACACAUUGAAAUAGUGGUUUUGAUGGAAAAUACCCGGCUGUUGCACUCCGAACUAUGUGAAUUGUCACAAAAAUUUACUCAAGGUUACGGCCGAUUGCUUUUGGGUUUCUACACAUUCAGCUUCAUUAGCAUGCUUAUCGGCGUUUAUUUUAUUGUCAACAAUGACCCAUUAUCCAGUGCAAAUACAGCUGAAAAAUUCCGAGUUGUAAUUCCACUCAUAAUUUACGUUCAAAUGUUCACGUUAAUGGUGUCUAUUAUCGUUUUUGUUUCAUUCAUAAACGAAAAGCGAAUAAAGAUGAUAUCAUAUCUACGAUUAUACCGAAUUUCAAAUUUACACUUGGACAUAAAACGUCAAAUCAAAAUGUUUAUGAAUCAAAUACUAGCUUAUGAAUUGGACCAAAUUUCGGCGUUUGGAUUUUUCGAUAUCAAUUUAAAUCUUGUUACAUCAAUAAUUGCCUUAUUGAUAACUGGAAUAUCAACAAUGGUUCAGAUGAAAGAUCACCCAAUAAUAUUACAACUGAACAAUGACACAAAAUCGUUAUUGAUAAAAUUAUUUAAGACGUCGUGAAUUAAUUUAAAUACGUCCAUUUAAAAUAAUUUAGAUAAAUUGACUUUCAUUAUGAAUGGAUGCAUGUAAGUUCUCUGAGUUCUGACGAGACAUAGUAGGUAUUAAAAUAUGUUAUUUAUUUUAUCCUAAAAUAUGUAUACAAAUAUGAAAAAAAAUGUCUUUAAAAAAAACGUACGAGUAUUCUCAAUUUGUUCUCUUUUACUAACUUUCAUCAUACGUCGUAUAAUACGUCUUCGAAGAUUGACAACUGUCGUACGAAUUACACUCCUUACCUAAAUCAAAAUUUUGCGCUCGGGUUAAAAACCGGUAAUGUUUGAAUUGCACUCGAUUAUUCCGUAGAGCUGAUAAUUAUGAAUAUUAAUUUUAGUUGAAAAUUGUACGUGUGUCGAGUGGAUCAGUAUUAUAAUGACGUAUGUAUGACAUUAUUACACAUUUACACCUAACAUUACUUAAAAAUAAAUAUCAAUACAUUUU